ACGACUUCCUCCUGGAAUCACUAUGUUCUCCUGCAACACCAGCACUUCUGGUCACUCUACGUUCCUUCUCACUGGCUUCCCAGGCUUGGAAGCCUCUCAGCAUUGGGUUUCCAUUCCCAUCAACCUCAUCUGUGUGGUUUCCAUCCUGGGUAAUAGUAUCAUCCUCUUCCUGAUACGCACAGAACCCGCCUUACACGAACCCAUGUACCAAUUCCUGUCCAUGUUGGCAGCCUCUGAUCUGGGCCUCUGUGCCUCCACCUUCCCAACCAUGGUGAGACUCUUCUGGCUGGGUGCUCGAGAAUUACCUUUUGAUCUCUGUGCAGCACAGAUGUUUUUCAUCCACGCCUUCACCUACGUGGAAUCGGGUGUGCUGCUGGCCAUGGCCUUUGAUCGCUUUAUUGCCAUCCGGGACCCCCUGCAUUAUGCCACAAUCCUUCCCCACUCAGCAGUGGCAAAAGUGGGAGUUGCCAUUCUGGUACGAGCUGUCCUACUCAACCUCCCUGGACCCAUCCUCCUACGGCGCCUGCUCUUUCCCCAGAUCAGUGCACUCUCUCACUGCUACUGCCUGCAUUGUGACCUCGUGGGACUGGCCUGCUCAGACACCCGGACCAACAGCUUGGUUGGCCUGGUCUCCAUUCUCCUCUCACUAGGCCUCGACUCCUCCCUCAUCAUCCUCUCCUAUGCUCUUAUUCUACGGACUGUGAUGGGCAUUGCCUCUCCUGGGGAACAGCUCAAGGCACUCAACACGUGUGUCUCACACCUCUGCAUUGUUCUCAUUUUUUAUUUGCCUAAACUGGGGCUAUCUGUGUUGCAUCGAGUGGAGAAACACAACUACCCCGCUCUGGCUGUGCUCAUGGCCAACCUGCACUUCUUGGUCCCACCCUUCAUGAACCCGAUUGUGUACUGCGUCAAGUCUAAGCAGAUCCGCCAGGGCCUCCUAAAACGCUUCCAGCACAAGAGGGUUGAUGCUUCUUAG